AGACCAGCCGCCGCGCCGGCGCCUCGCCCGCCGGGUCAGCGCGGCCAGGCCUUGCCGCCGGCCCCGCUCCCAGGGUGCACCGCGGCGAGCGCUCGGGUGGGAGCGAGCGAGAUGGGCCGGGCGGGCAGCGCCCACUGACCUCCCUCGGCGGCCCGGCCCGGGCAGCGCCUGAGCCCAGCCAGCCCCGCCCGCCGUGCCCCGCCCAUGGGCAGCCGGCUCCCGCCGCCGCCCGCCGGGAAGACCCAACCGAGCGGGACAGCCGCCUGAAGGAGCGCGACGGCGGCGCCCGCAGGUCCCUGGAUGUCAGCAUGGCAGCCACAAACCUGGAGAACCAGUUGCACAGCGCACAGAAGAACCUCCUGUUCCUUCAGCGGGAGCACGCCAGCACGCUCAAGGGGCUGCAUGCUGAGAUCAGGCGGCUGCAGCAGCACUGCACAGAUUUAACAUAUGAGCUGACACUCAAAAGUUCCGAACAGACAGGAGACGGGACUUCUAGAAGCAGCGAAUUAAAGAAAAGAUGUGAAGAACUGGAAGUCCAGCUGAAAAUGAAAGAGAAGGAAAAUGCUGAGUUGUUGAAAGAACUGGAGCAGAAAAACGCGAUGAUCACGGUUCUGGAGAACACCAUCAAGGAGCGGGAGAAGAAGUACCUGGAGGAGCUGAAGGCCAAGAGCCACAAGCUGACCCUGCUGUCCAGCGAGCUGGAGCAGCGUGCUGGCACCAUCGCCUACCUGACCUCCCAGCUGCAUGCCGCCAAGAAGAAGCUCAUGAGCUCCAGCGGGACCUCAGAUGCCAGCCCGUCAGGGAGCCCCGUACUGGCCAGCUACAAGCCAGCGCCCCCCAAAGACAAGCUGCCCGAAACACCUCGCCGCCGCAUGAAAAAGAGCCUCUCGGCCCCCUUGCACCCAGAAUUUGAAGAGGUCUACAGAUUCGGGGCAGAGAGCAGGAAACUCCUUUUGCGGGAACCAGUGGAUGCUAUGCCUGACCCCACCCCAUUUCUGCUGGCCAGGGAGUCUGCCGAGGUCCACCUCAUCAAAGAGAGGCCCCUCGUCAUCCCCCCCAUCGCCUCCGACCGAAGCAGCGAGCAGCACAGCCCGGCCCGCGAGAAGCCACAUAAGGCCCACGUCGGGGUGGCGCAUCGGAUCCACCACGCCGCCCCGCCGCAGGCCCAGGCUGAGGUGGAGACGCUGGCGGUCGACCAGGUGAACGGAAGCAAGGUGGUAAGGAAGCACUCGGGGACGGACAGAACUGUGUGAAGCCCACCAGGCCCACCCCACGCUGUCCAUGCACUGUGAGCACUUCCAGGAAGUCUCAGCCACACCUUUUGUCUCAUUCCCAUGCAUGCCAAACUCUUCACCCUGCCGAUCAAUUCUCCUUCUGCUCCUCUUGCCCUCUUCUUGACACCAAAAUAUGACCGUGCCCCUGCUGCAGAAUAUGUAUUUCCUAACUGCUGUGGCCAAACGCCUGUGUGCCGAAUAGCUUGCUCCUCAUCUCGCUCCGUGUAACCUAAGUGCGCUGCGGACAAAGCUCAGGCCACAGCUGCCUCACGCCAGAUAGUCACAUGCCUCAUUCAUUCUCAAGUCAGAACAACAGACCAACCUUGACGUUAUCCCUGGGCUCCAGGGCAGCCUGGCCGAGCAGCCCCUGCUCCCUCCUGGAGACCCCUGUCACCUCCUGACCAACCUUUCCCAGGGCGGCACCGAUCACUGAGCACCUGUGUGUGUCUCAAGGGACUAAAUAAGAUGACGCUACUCCUCACAGCACCACAGCCUGAACGUGUGUUCAUAUUUUUUUGUUAGUUUUAUCCAAAAUAUUUAAGAUCCCAACAAACUUUAUUUUCUAAACCUGC